UCAUCUCCCUGCGACUAUGACACCUCGAGAGAGACUUCAGCUGCUCGAUGAUUGUUGUGGCUUGCCACAGACAGGUUGACCUUGCUUGGUGCCUGAGAAGACUCGUCUUAACAGUUUCUCAGGGAAGGAUAGACAAAACUCCACGACAACGUGCAGCAGGACAAGACCCCUGAGACGUGGAGCGGAGCGUCUCAGGCUCCAGCAGAGAAACACGAAGACUUCCCAGAAUCCAGUGUGAACGAGAGACGACAUGAGGCUUUCUCUGCGCUGGGCCGCACACAGGUAUGUGUUUGUCGUGGGUGUGGUUUUAGGGUUGCUGGGCUUGGUGAUGGUCUCCCUGCCACUAAAUGGAACACGGACAACCAAACCACUGAACUGGCAUGUCAGCCCUGCACACAAAAAGUUGGUGCAGGAGCACGUGCUCAGAGUUCUGGAGGGCCGGUGUCGUCCCGGCAGCACGAGGCAGAGCCUGUUAGCUCGACUCCCUGCUUCCGGCUCCGUGGACCAGCCCUUCUUGUGGAAGGACGGGCCACUUCCUGAUCACCUCUUCCGGGAUCCACCACCGUUUGGAUUCCGAGGUGUUCGGGCCAAAGUGGAUGAUCUUCUAAAGCUGCUGGAACACUCUGACGUCGCACAUCAGCCGGGAAAGACAUCCGCUAAAUGUCAGCGCUGUGUGGUCGUGGGAAAUGGAGGCAUCCUCAGGGGCCUGGAGCUCGGCCCCCUGAUAGACCGCUUCGACACCAUUAUCAGGUUAAACAGUGGGCCUCUGGGAGCGUUCAGCGUCGACGUCGGAAAUCGAACGAGCAUCAGGAUGAGUUACCCAGAAGGCACGCCGCUUCACUGGAUUGACACUGACCCACACACUCUGUUUGUCGCCGUGGUGUACAAAAGUGUAGAUAUCAGCUGGAUAUCUGCUAUGAUCAACAAGCUUGCUGUGUCUCUGUGGGACAGACUCUUCUUCUGGCAGAAGGUGCCGCAGCAAAUUCCUCUUGAGCCCCGAAGGUUCAGACUCCUAAACCCACAUGUCAUCAGAGAGACCGCGUUAGACCUGCUGAGGUACCCUCCACCCAGACCACGGCUGUUUGGUUGGGACAAGAAUGUGCCGACCCUGGGCGUCUCUGCACUGAAUUUAGCCAGCCUGCUGUGUGACGAGGUCAGCCUGGCAGGCUUUGGCUACAACCUCUCCCAGCAGGGGGCGCUGUUGCACUACUACGACCACCUGCCCAUGAGCGCCAUGCUGCGCCAGAAGAUGCACAAUGUGGACAGGGAGACUGAACUCCUGCAAAACCUCGUGAGAGAGGGGAGCGUCACUGACCUUACGGGGGGGGUACACUGCUCCUUCUGCCCCAGCUGACCUCCUGACCUUUAAGAACAGAGUGCAUCCAGUUUGGAUGAACAGAAAAAGCAACGGCAAGAACAAAGGAUUUAAAAAAUGUGAAGAAAGACGGAGUAAAUGGAUAAGAGAAAAAAACUUAACAAGGAGAUGGAAAUCUAGUCCUAAUAUUUGUACUAUUUGUUACAAAGUGUUUCUUGAAGAACAAAGUACAAACUUCAAAUGUAUUCCGGGUGAUCCUAGAGACACCUACUGUAGCAGGAACUACCUAUUGCUUUGUCUGUCUGUCUGUGGACAGAUGUUGUCACUGCAACAACUGUACAAGAUGCAGUCAUUACAGUUUACAGUGUAGUAGGCUGAGGUCAAAUAUGGCCGUGUUGUGAUUCAUUGACACUGAGUACUGUCACUGUCGGAUAUGAAAUGCGGGCUCAAUACGUCUUGGGUGCGUUCACACCUGAACUUGGGACAUGAACACCAGGUCUGAGCGGAGUCACAGACGGCUCACCCACCUCUGAAUUUGGGACUGCAUUAAGUAGCAAUACAUUGUCUUGUCUGUGUUAUUUAUUUUGCUUUCUUCUUAUUUUUUUUUUCUGCAACUUUAUUUGCAGUCUUCAAAAAUAGCUGGUCUGUGAAAGAGGAAAAAUGAAAUUUGAUAUGAGUCAAACUUCAUAUAAAAGAAAAGAAGUUUUCUUCCUCAAUUUUAAAACAUUGAGGAAUCAUUUGUAUUCUUUUCAUUGUUUUGUAAUCUAGUUGAUGAUAUCCACACACGGCUUGUGGAUUUUUUUUGAUGUCACAUUUCUUGAGAUAAGUCGUCACAACACAACUCUUCCAGUGGCUCUUCAUUUCCAGCGAGGUUGUCGGUUCUUGUGUUAAAAGUUAAAAGUGUUGGAAGAGCAAAUACAACUGACAUCAGUGCAGGUUAAGUGAAGAACAAAUCAGAUGUUACUCUGUUGUCUAAGGAGUGUAAAGAAACAUGGUCUUAAAUUAAAUGGACCUGCGUUUGUCUGUGUGACCGGCAGAAUGAGAUGAA